AUGUUUGUGGAGCCAGGGGUACUAUGGACCCCAGACUGCACCAUUCUAGCCAUUGUCUACGCUCCGUUUCUGCUAGGACAGCUUCCACCAUACUCGAUAUUAUGGGGAAUGUGUCUGCCGAUGCGGCCGUUCGCAUAUAACAAGGCAGGCAAGGGACGUUCUUUCCGCGAACUCAAAAUCUGCUUAGUUACGAAGGGCACAAAUAUGCAGACCGUGGUCAAUUCUACGAGACCGUGGCAAGAUUGCCGACAAUACCAGAACGUCACUUUCCACGUGGUGCUAGAUUCUACCGAUGACAUCAAGCCCGUACUUCCUAAUUUCGUCAAUGUAGUGAGUGUACCAGCCUCAUUUCAACCGGCCAAUGCCAGAUAUAAAGGAAGAGCGUUGGAAUGGUGCCGUCUGCACUGGAAACUGUCUGAGCUUGAUUGGGUACUUCAUCUCGACGAAGAAACUGAGAUUGAUAAGUACCUGAUGAAAGCGUGCUUUGACUUCAUUGAGCGAGGAACAGAGGAUGUUGGUAUGGGAACAAUAUAUUACACAUCGCAUAAUUAUUGGAAAAACUCAUUCUUGACCACUGCUGAGAUCUUCAGAGUCGCAGAGGACUUUGGCCGGUUUCAACUUCCAGUUCGACUUUUCAAACGUCCAUUACUUGGCUGGAUGCAUGGAUCAUUUAUAUUGACUAACGGUGCAGUAGAGAACAAGGUCACUUGGGACACUGGGUGUCUUGCCGAAGACUUUUGGUUUGCUUUCCACCACGUCAACAAGUCAAAUUUGGCUGGAUUCAUGCAAUCGCCCGAGAGCAGCCCCCCAGUCAGUGUUUCAGACUUGAUUCAACAGCGUAGGAGGUGGUACACUGGGAUCAUGUCUAUAGAUAGCUGGUUGGUCAAGUUGGUUCUCGCAAUUCCGAUGAUGGGGCCGUUGGCUUACGGAAGUUUGAAUGUAUACACAUUCAUCAGCGGGUGGCAUAUCACAGUUUCCCAUUGGUUCUUUGUGUGGACUCUGUGCAAUAUUGCCGUGGACAUGCAUGGCAUUAUCGUUGGCAGUGUGCUUCAGGAUUUGCACUGUGGUAAUUUUUCUCUGGGUGCCUUGAGCUUGCACAUUAUCUUGGCAUUGCUCUGGGCACCAUUGGUGCAGUUUGCACAUUCAGUCAUCUUCUUAUCAGCGUUGAUUUGGCCUGCCAGUAAGUUCAUGGUGAUUAGAAAGGUAUAG